GAUCCCUAGAAUCUUCUGUGAUGUCACCAGUGUUGUGGUGACACCAACUGCCUUUGGGAUAUUACUUCAGUUCCCUUUGGGUUCACAAACAGGCAUGUUUCGCCAGCCGCUCAGGCUAUUUCAGAAGGAAAGUGUUGAUCAAGGAGAGACCACACCAAGGCUGAAGGAAGAUGACCUCCUCUCAUCUUCCUUGGAAGGAAGGAAAUCAUUCUGGGGAAGGCUUGGUUUUGGUAGGAAGGCACCAUCCCAAAAUGUCAGUAAGCAAGAGGAGCGUCUAAAGGAACUGGAAGAACUCAAAUUUGAAAUGCAGAAGUGUCAAUUCGAGAGGGAUGAACUUUAUCAAAUCCUGGACCUUUAUAUCUAUGAUGAUUGGGACCACAGGCUGGAUGUCGAAUUGCCAAUACUUCAAUCCGAACAUGAGAUGAGAAUGAUGGCUAUGCAAAUGAUGACCAGUUCAAUAAGUGAGGCCAUGGAGAGGUACAAGGAGCUCAUACAAGUGAACAGUUCAUACCGCAUCAGGCAAUCCCAGCUCCUGCGUGAACAAGCUCAAUUGAAGAACAAUAUACAGAUUUUGCUGAAUGAGAAGAGAGAACUGCUGGUGGAGCAGACUGAACUGCCAGCAUCCUCUGUGGAGGCAAAGAGGCUCUGUGAAGAGGCCGGAAUGAACAUCUGUGUCCCCAGUGCAAAGGAACAGCAGGUCUGAAAUUCUCCAGGAGAAACUCGAACAAGACACAGACCAGAGCAAGAUCUCCCUUGGAGAGAAGUGCUACAGGAGGAGAACUAAGUGUGCACAGCAAAUACACCACUAUGCGUCUCAUCUGUAAUGUCCAUAGCAAUUCUGGACUGCAUUUUCCUCCUUUAGUUUGAUUUCUUUGGAUUGAAUAGGCCGUACUUUCACCUCCCCUCCCUCCAGCAAGUGUACACUUUUGGAGGGACUCAGAUAAGUGUUAAUGCACAUCAAUCAAGAGCUGCUGGUCAUCCAGAAAGACUGUGGAUGUGUAAAUUUGUACUUGUCCUGAUGGGUCAUGCAGAAGAUUUUCAUGGAGAUCAGUUCACAACAUUGGAAAGACUUUGAGACAAAGUCUGUAAUAUCAUUUCUACUCAGUAUUGGAUGGCUUUGUCCUUAAUACCCCCACUCCAACAAAACAGACCUACUUCCACUCCUCUUGAAAACAUUAUUACCAUCAGUAACUGCUUGUCUACUAUGUCUCCAAGGAAAGACACAGGCUGUAAAUCUAUUCUGCAAAAGGAACAGCAAAAAAUGCUUAGCGCAGCUCCUCU